AUGAGCUUCCCACCACCUGGUCCAGGCCAAUACCCGCAUUAUCUACCGCCGCCGCAGUAUCAACACGGGCAAAUCCCCCCGCCGAUACUGUACAAUAAUGCCGGUCCUCCGCCCCCAUACGAUAGUUAUGGCAAGCCAGCAAUCCACAACAACAGCAACAGCGGCAGCAGCAAACGCGCCCUCCGCCGCAAACUCCCCCGCAGCAGCCGCUCCAUUUACCACCACAGGCUCUCCAACCACGGCCACAGCCAGGGCAACAACAGCCAGGACCACAACUUCUCCCUCAACUACAAUCCCCCCCUCCACCUCAGCCGCCUCCUCCCCCCACCUCCGCCUCCGCCUCAAAUCCAACAAGAACAGCUUCAACAUCAGUUUGUCAAUCCAGCUCAAUUGUUUGUACAACAACCUUUGCCUACUGCUCCGCGAUCCCGAUACACCCAACUCUCCCCUCAGUAUGGCGAGCCGCCUUUCGUCCCGAGCGCUAGUCCUUCCCAAAUACCACCGGCUACUUUGCCACCUCCUCCGCCAGCCAUGCCUGUCCAUGUUGCUCCUGUCCCGUCUCCGAUUACUCCCAAACCAAACACCCAAAACCAAGGAAAACCCAAGAUUCAUACACCGCAAGCACACCCUAUCAUUAAAGUCGAACCCACACCAGCAAAGAUCUCCCCCAAAGUAGAGCCCCAGAAAAAACCCUCUACGCCUAUUGCGACGCCGAAACGACCCCAACCUGCACCAUCGCCGGUGACACAUGCCACUCCGCAAGUCUUGAUCCCAGCUCCUUCUCCAGUCGUUCAAGCAAAAAUUCAUACACAAACCCCGAAGAAGCAACUUCAACCACAGCAUAUUGAAAAGAAGAGACAGCCGAGUCAGCCAAAUGUCGAAAAACAUGGGAAGCCCACACCUGCCAAGUCUACAAAGCCUCCAGUUGACUAUCAAGUUCUGCUGUUGUCCCUAGCUGAUGAAUAUCUAAAUGCUGCCCACGCGCGUGGAACAACCACCUCAUUGACCGCUCGUGAGACGGAUGUCGAGGAAUAUUACAAGCUGGUUGCUACCGGAUUAGGCUGUUUGGAGGCUGUCUUGAAGAACUGGCGAUUGCAACCUCGCAAAGAAGCUCUUGUUAGACUUCGCUAUGCGCGUACACUGUUCGAGGAAACAGACAAUGACAUCGAAGCGGAAACAGCAUUGAGUAAAGGGAUUGAUCUUUGUGAACGAAAUCGUAUGCUUGACUUGAAAUACAGCAUGCAGCACCUCUUGGCACGAAUGCUCCACAAGAGUAACCCCAAAGCUUCCUUGAAAGCGGUCGAUGGGAUGAUUCAGGACGUGGAAGCGUACCGUCAUGCCGCAUGGGAGUACGCAUUUCGUUUCCUUCGAGUAUCACUCUCGUUGUCAUCUCCAUCACACCAAGACUCUGUGCAAGCGUUACAGCAUCUUCACAAAAUCACGGCCAUGGCUAGCCGUAACGGGGAUAAGGCUGUUUCAGCAAUGGCGGCUGUUAUUGAAUCACUUGCACACUUGCAGCAGGCGACAAACUCCGAUUCUAUCGAGCAGGCACAGCGCGCCGUGGCCGCCGCACGAAGUCAUCAACUGAACGAUGAACUUCGCCAUAUACCACAACUUACAACCUUGAUUCAGAUGGUCGAUAUCUGCUGCAGUCUUCUAGAGUACGACGUCAACCAGUCUGGACAGAAGCUGAAGGUCAUGCAGGCUUUGAUGGACGAAACGUUGAGCGACAGCAACUGGCGUCCCGAUGGAUCCUUUUCAGUCCCUCUCAACGGUAAAUCUGCCGGGCCGUCAUCCAUCGACACAGGUGAUAUCUUGCAGGUUCAUAAUGGGACAUUGCUACUAAGUUUCAACUGGCUUCCUCAGCACGAUCUUUAUGCGCUUUGCUAUUUCUUAAGCUCAAUCACGCUCAGUGCCAAGAACUCAUAUGACGGCCGGAAAGCAGAGAAAUAUCUUGAGGAAGGGAUUCGAAUGGUUCAAGGCAAUUUUAAGGCCCCCCAAGAAAUUUCAGAAUCCAUGGUCAAUGCCAACCGUCGGGUUCAGUGGCGUCAGUCCCUUUACUGCAACCUUCUCCUCCAACGAGUCUUCCUAGCCUGCGGUCGAACCGAUUGGGAUCUUGCCAGUCAGACCCUCAAUGACCUUCGACAAGUCUUCCAAGAGCUUGGUUCGAACCUCCCGGACACCAUCGAAUGUCUGAUGGAAUAUGCCGCCGGCACCAUCGCACAAGCAACUGGCGAUCUCAAGGCCGCGCUGGACAUAUUCCAAUCCCCAAUUCUGUCACUAGACCCUGUUACCAGCAAGACAGGACGCAAUGAUCCCUGUCGCGAUACGCGCAUUCUCGCCGGUCUCAACACAGUCCUUAUCCUCCGUGAUCCAAGUCACCCGUCACACUCACUGCUCAGCGACGUCCUAGCAACCCUCGAACCAUUCUGCCAAAGCAGUCCAAACAAGUACAUACAAGCUGCCUACUACCUAGUCUGUGCAACCGUUCACUCCGAGUCAACCAUUCAAACAAAACAGUAUCUCCAGCAAGCCCUGCAGUCCGCCACCGCAAUCAGCAACAGCCAAAUCACCUGCAUGACCCUAACAUUCAUGAGCUGGAAAUACUUCCGUGGCGUGGUCGGCGAGCAAGCCGAGAAAAGCGCUCGGGCCGGCCGUGCAAUGGCUAAACGAGCUAAUGACCGUAUGUGGGCGAGUGUCACUGAUGACAUGCUGGCUGAGACUCUCGAGCGACAGGGCAAGGGCGAAGAAGCGCAGAGCGUCCGCGAGGAAGGCCAACGCUUGGUCUCGGGUCUUCCGCCCCGUCUGAGACGUUCGGCAUGA